AUGUCGACCCAAUCCCUCCCUAUCACUCCGGGCGCCUUUGCCGAAGCAAUUAAAGAGCUUCCCCUCGCAGUCCUCUACAGCAAAGUCUCCGAGAUCACAAACUCCAUCGCACACCUGAAGCGAUCUAAUGCUGAGAUUCGUGCAUACAUAGCAGAAAGCAACGAUUCAGAGGAAGACAAGAAGGACCUGGAGUGUCAUGCCACUGAAAAUGAGGCCGUGAUGGUGUCCAUGAAUGAGCGGAUCAUGUUACUGAAGACCGAGGUCGAGAAUCGAUGGGGUCCAUCUGUGACUAAUUCGCAUUGUCACCAGUCUGCCAGUGGUACUCGGUUCUAUUAUUUGCGGGCGCUUUACUGCAUUUGCGUUGUCCAUUCUUCACAGUGCAUACGAUGUGACGCCUGA